UUUUUUUUAUUAAUUUAGUUCACAGUAAAAAAGGGGGGAAUAAUCUGAGUGCCGCCCUCAAAGAGUUUACGUUCGCUAUUCUUUAUUAGUGGGUGUACCCUCCCCAAAUUUAGCAUUCAUAAUUGUACACCAGGGAAUCAACUCAUUUGUGCAAGUGGUGAGCUGGAAUGCGGAGCGAACCUUGGGCUUCUUCGAGGCCUCUCGCUGCGUGAUGACGUCAACGAGAAGUAGACACCGAGACCACGGCAGAGCCCCCAGGUUUGUUAGGUCCUACCAUGCGGCCGGGUUAAGGGCUCCGCACACACCUUCGCGCUGGCAGACUCGCUACCUCCACCCCAAGACCGAGGCGCGUACUUUCGUAGCUCCAAUCCCCGCCCCCUGCUUUACUCCACUUUCGUCCCCGCCCCUCGGCGUUUUCCCGCCAAGAGCCGUUACUGCCGCGCGGAAUUGUGGGCCAGAGGAGCCGGCAGCCGGGCCUAUUUUAGCCCUGCCCCGAGGCGCCAAACCGCCCAGAAGACGCGGCCUCCUUGGUCCCAAGAAGAUCAACUUGGCCCAACAGAAACAAGUAGCUCCAGUAAACACAAUUCCUUUGAAGGUUUUCUUUCUGCCAGUGGUUUUGCCAUUCUGAAGCCCAACGACUCGAUAUAUCGUACCAGUGCGGGACUCUUUUUCAAGUUCUCCGAUCGCUGCGGAGGGUGACGCCCCUUGCGCGUGCGCAACGAAUCCAGCAUAGCGCCCGUUGCGUUCCUGCGCGUGCGCAGCGUGUCCACGAGAGUGCCUCCUGUCUCCCCUCCCCCGUAUCCGUGCGCGGAGCAGGCAGAUAAGGGCGCCAUUUUGGAGCAGCCGCGGGAGACGUGGUGUAGCUUGCAGUUUUCCUCCGCUGUGUUUGGAGGGUGGGGGAGGGAAAUCCGGCUCUUGAAUCCGCGCGUUUCCUCAUCGUCGCUACCGCCAUGUCGGGAGGAGGAGUGAUUCGGGGCCCGGCCGGGAACAACGAUUGCCGCAUUUAUGUGGGCAACCUACCCCCGGACAUCCGCACCAAGGACAUAGAGGACGUGUUCUACAAGUACGGCGCCAUCCGCGACAUAGACCUCAAGAACCGCCGCGGAGGGCCCCCCUUUGCUUUUGUGGAGUUCGAGGACCCGCGGGACGCGGAAGAUGCAGUGUACGGACGUGACGGUUACGAUUAUGAUGGAUAUCGGCUCCGAGUGGAGUUUCCCAGAAGUGGCCGGGGUACUGGCCGAGGGGGUGGUGGCGGCGGUGGUGGUGGUGGAGCCCCUCGAGGCCGCUAUGGCCCCCCGUCCAGGCGAUCUGAAUACAGAGUGGUCGUAUCUGGGCUGCCUCCAAGUGGAAGUUGGCAGGAUUUAAAGGAUCACAUGCGUGAAGCAGGUGAUGUAUGUUAUGCUGAUGUUUACCGAGAUGGAACUGGUGUCGUGGAGUUUGUUCGGAAGGAAGAUAUGACCUACGCAGUUCGAAAACUGGAUAACACUAAGUUUAGAUCUCAUGAGGGAGAAACUGCCUACAUCCGUGUUAAAGUUGAUGGGCCAAGAAGUCCAAGUUAUGGAAGAUCUCGGUCUCGAAGCCGUAGUCGUAGCAGAAGCCGUAGUCGAAGCAACAGCAGGAGUCGCAGUUAUUCCCCAAGAAGAAGCAGAGGAUCUCCACGCUACUCCCCCCGUCAUAGUAGAUCUCGCUCUCGUACAUAAAGAUAAUUGGUGACACUUUUUGUAGAACCCCAUGUUGUAUACAGUUUUCCUUUACUCAGUACAAUCUUUCAUUUUUUUUUUAAUUCAAACUGUUUUAUUCAAAAUGGGCUGGUGUUGAAUUGCAUUCUUGUGUAAUAUCCCUUUGCUCCUAACAUCAACAUUCCCCUCAUGUCUUUGGUAAAUUGUAUUUUAAGUGAUGUUGUAGGCAGGAUUGUUUAAAUUUAAUUACCCAUGCUCUUCAGACUGUGAUAAUGCUGUGUAAAUGUCUGUGUUCCUAUGGUGUGUAUGAACUGGGAUGUUGGGAAUGUUUGGUUAUCUUGUCUUAUCUGGGGGAAUUCUUAUGUUUUAUCUUGCCUUUUCAUGUGUCUUUCUGUAGACAUAUCUGAAGAGAUGGAUUAAGAAUGCUUUGGAUUAAGGAUUGUGGAGCACAUUUCAAUCAUUUUAGGAUUGUCAAAAGGAGGAUUGAGGAGGAUCAGAUCAAUAAUGGAGGCAAUGGUAUGACUCCAAGUGCUAUUGUCACAGAUGAAAUUGGCAGUAUUGACCUUAUACUAGAAGGCAGUGGUUAAAACUUGAGUAUUUACAUCUACCAUAAAACACCUGCAAACGUUUUAUAUUGUAGUUACUUUGAGCUACAAUUGCUCUGCUCCUUAAAACCUUGGCAAUUGUGGCAAAGAUUACAUUGCCCGUUUAUAGUAAUUUUGACUCAUUUUGCUCCCCCUUUUUUGUUUUUUUGUUUUUUGUUUUUUGUUUGUUUUAAUAGGGACUAAUGUGGGAAGGACUGACUUAAUUUGUCACUAUGCUUAGUUACAACUGUUAAUGUAACCUGCUGUUGGUGUACAUGUGGGUACAGGGUAUCUUAAUUCCAAACAGAUAGAGUAUAAUAUCAAUACUGCUAAAUCUGCAUGUCCUCUGUGUGACUGAUAUAGCGUUGCUAUUUCAUUUUUAAGCAUCGAAAUGAAAGCAAAAUAUAGAACUCCGAAAUGUUGGUGUAGAUAACUAGUUGGGAAUAAUACCUUAAGUCUCACUUCACCCUUCCCCAGAUAUGUUUUACAACAGAGAAUUUAUUUUAAUUUAUAGAUUAAAUUGCAGAUGGGAGCACUAGUCUUAGUUUAGAACUAGGUGGGUAGCUAUAGCAGUAAAUUUUUCAACUACAUAACUUUUUGCAACCACAAAACCUGUAAUACACUGUACAGUAACAAAUGUUGGCAUUAUCAGUUGACCUGUAAAUAUACAAUGCUUCUUCCAAUUAGUCUCUAUGAUAAUUAAGUUUUUAAAAUUUAUCUGAACUUCACCAUUCAAAAGCUUGUUUUGGGGAAUUGAUAGUUAUUGAUGUACAUCUGUUAAACUGAUGACAGACAUAACUCAUCAUUCCCCAGAAACCUUUUUUUGAUUACAGUAUCUAACAUUUUGCCUCCUCUUUUUUGGUUUUGCUGGUUAUAAAGGUUUGGAUUGGAGAGGGCUCACUGGAUCCCAAUCCUUGGAGCUGGAUCAUUGGAUUCAAAUCAUAAUGUGGAUAGGAUAGGGAGGAUGAAUUACAAGGAUUCAUGGAGCGGGAUCAGAUUACCAGGAACAUAGGAGUGGAUUCCUGCCCCAACCAAACCGCAUUCGUGUGGAUUUUUUUUUUAUUCAACUUAAUUGGCUAUUCCAAAGAUUUUUUUCCUAUUUUUGACGAUUGGAGCCCUUAAGAUGCACGAUGGAAUUGUGUUUUGCAUUUUUUGGUAAAAGGAGCAAAGCGAGGACCUGGAGAGGUACGCUGGAGCAAUCUCCUUGGAAGGAUUCAGCACGAGUAGAUGGUAAACAUAUAAAGGGGAAAAGGGGGGGUUUGUUUAAAGUAAAAUAGUAAAUCAGUAAGUCGCUUCUAAAUUUAAAAAAAAAAAAACCAAAUUCGGAGUUGAAGAGUAAGUAGGUUUCCAAUUGGCUAUAGCCAUUUUCUUUGAAAAAUAAAACAUUUUUUAAAAAACUAUGCAUGGUUGUCCUUUUUCAUCUUGAUGUGAGAGCAGCUUUUUCAGUAAACUGGUGAGAAGUCUAAUAGCUUAAUUUAAAAUUGACUAAAACUUAUAGGUUUUGGGUAUUUUCUUCCCAUAUCAGCAAUUACAGAUUACUUCAAAAAGUUAGAUUAGCAUUUUCUGUGCCUGCUUUAUUUAGUAAACAACUAAAGGGCUAUAUAGAAGCCUACCAAAUGGUGGGAAAUUAUAGGAUAUGACUGAGUGGCCCUAAUGAGAUAAUCUCAUAUAAAUUUAAAGUUAAAAUUAAGUAGAUUAAGGUAAUAGAGUAUUGAAUGGCAAUUGUAAAUUGAAUUCAACAUUUGUUUACCUGAGAUUUGCAGGCAUAAGAGUUUACUAGGAGGUUGCUGUAUAAGAUGUUGAUUUCAUCCAUACUAUUAUCUACCCAUGUUUUAAAACAUCAUUAAUUGAUGUAUUGAUUUCAUCUGAGAAAUUGAGUUGCAAAUAAAAGGCUGGUUUUUGAUGGGAAGUUGUAUUUUUCAUAAAUUAAACUAUUACCAGCCUUGGCAGGCAGUUGUAUCCUUAGCUAUCAGCUUAUAAGAUAGAAGGUGAUUGGAACUGAAUUCUUGAACUUUGCCUACUUAUUCUUUGGGCAAAAUUCCAACAUCUGUUAGUAGUUAUCACUAAAAGCCCACAGAGAGAGACUAAUGGGCUUUGGAAUUAGGAGGACCUGGGCUCAAGACCAAAAAUUAAAAUUAAUGCCAGUCUUGUGCCCCAGGGAAUUCUCAAAAGAUUUAAAUUAUGUAGAUUUCCUAGGUGGGGAUGAUAAUUGAACAAAAAGUUGUUUGUUGGCUAGUUUAUUUUGAACCCCUAUAAGUGAAAAUCAGUCUUGAGGGUUCCUAAAUCCCAAUGAUACCCAUUAAAACCACUUACUCCUUUUAUUGUGAACUUCAGAAUCAAAGGUUAGUUUAUUUCAUUAAAUGUGAAAAGGAAAGUAGAAGGCAACCACAGUGGAAAAAAAAACAUUCAAAAUGAACUCUUUAGAAGAGGCUAAAGAUAGGCUUUAAAGUUGGAAGGUGCCUUAGAGGGCCAUAGUCCAACUAUAACCUUCCUGAGAUCACACAAGUGACAGCCAAAAUUACAUCCCAGGAUCUGGUUCUAAAUCUUGGUUUUUUUUUUUUUCCUGUUGUACUACUAGCUGCCUUCUGCUAAAUUUAAAACCAUUUCUGAGCUUAUCAAGUAUAGUGUACAAUUGAAAAGGUUGGUUAACACCCAUUAGGUUCUUAGCAAGCUAAGCAGGAGUAGAAAGUGUUCUCAAAUUACUAUUUGGAGAAAAUGUUGGUGGAAAUUUAUGUAAACAGAACCAAACAAGUCUUGGUUUGCUCUCACAAUGUAGACAAAAGAAACCUGGUCUCAAUUGAGUGAUAUCUUUACCAUUCUAAAUCACUUUGAUACCAUAACAAUUUGAGGUUAAUUCUAAGUAUACUGAAAAGUGAAAUUUGAAAUGUAGUUUGUUUAUAUGAUUAGGGCUAAACUGAGGAAAAUGAAAAUUCAAUUUGCCUACUUUUGGAAAUAUGGGGUAAAAAGUACAAGGAAUUCAAUGAAAACACUGUUCUAUCAAACUAGUUUAAUAAAAGUUUGUUUUUCUUGGCCUCUGAAUGAACUGUACCUGGGUUGUUGGGGGAGGCGGGGUGGAGCUAUAAUUAGUCCCAACAUUUCUAACCUAGAAGAAAUUUCUUUUAAGAAGCAUUUUAAUUUUCACAUCUGACUUGAGAGCAGCCCACCAUGUUACAGCCCACCUGGAAAUCUAAAAGGUAAGAUGUUUACUUGUUUAUGGUCCAUACUUUUAUAGUUGUAUAUAUUGUUAAUUUCAAAUAAAUUAAUCUAUGAGAAGAGUUUUUAAGCCAUGCUUUGGCUAUAUUAUGAGACUAGCAGUUCACAGGCUAUAGUUUUGGUUGGUAUAUUAAAGAACUGUAUCCUUUUCAUGCUUCAUUUUCUUUCAAUUCCUAUGGAGAAUCUCUAUUUUUAAGACAUACUUAGUGUAAUCAUUGAAUGCUUGUGACAUUUGGCACAUACUUUUUCUGCUUAAGCUAAUUCUAUAACUGAUCAGCUGUAUAGGGGCAGAACUCACUUUUUUUAUUAUAUCAGUUUAAAAAUAAAAUGCCUGUGUGUAUUUUAUCAUUUUUAGUGUCAUCAAGUUAGCUGGAAAUAAAAGUUUUUUACCCCAGACAUGUGCUUUUCAGUCUGCUGGGGUUCUUUUGUAUAUCAACCAAACGUCAGGCUUAGAGAACAGAAUUCUAAUCUUUAAUAAGUGUGAAUAUGAACUUUAGGGGGUCAGGUCAUAGAACAUCCCUUAGUAUGUUUGGGGAUCCUGACUGGAUGGGGGAGGGGGGCUAAUGAAAGCCUUUGAAAAAAGUAGAAGGCUUAUGUUUUAAGAAAAUAGUAUAACAAAUAUCUACCUCACGUUCUAGUUUUUUCAGUGUACCAAUGUUAUAGUCUCAACCAUUAUAAACGAGUAAGUCACUUGAUAUUUGUUUUGUCCCCUUACAAAAUAGUAUUCCCUAAGUGGAAUUAAAUGAUGCUAUCCAUAGGAAAAGUCUUCCCAUAUUAAUAGUGCUUUUUUAACCUUACUUAAAGGGAUAAUAGCAUACAAUAGCGUAAAUUAACUUUUGUUUUAUGCUUAGGCCCAAGAAGUUUCAACAUACUGAAGCCAGCAUUUGUUCCUAUGAAUCCAAGCACUUUGGAGGUGCUUUUUGCCAGCUAUGAAAGCUCCCUGAACAGAAUACUUAGAUAAAGUCUGUUGUGAGUCUUUUGGGGGAGGAAGUCUUUGUUUCCUUACUGACAAAACAAAUACCUAUUUGCCCAUAAGGAGAUGCUAGGUAUUUUGGAUCAAACAAGUUUUAUGCCUCUUUAGGCUUAGUUCUUUAUAGUUUAAAAGAGAAGGUAUGACUUAACCAAAACAUUCCUUGUACCUUCUACCUAUUUGGUCUAGUGUUAUACUUUUGAAUACAUUAUAAAGAGAACUCUAGUUGUCUAGAAUACAAAAAUUAAUUUUGAUUCUGAGACUAAAACUUUUUCAAAAGAGAUUUUUGCAUCUCUGUGGUUGAGAGAACUGCUGUUUUCAUGUUUUUGUUAUAAUUUGUCUUAAGCAAAGCAUGAAAUCUCAAUGUGUAUACCCUAAAGUCUAUCCUUAUGUUAUUCUGAUGUUUAUUCUCUACUACAAACUAGAGCAAUAGCCAUAGUUGUAAGUCAGAAUUUUAGUUAUCUGAACCAUGAACAUAAUAAUUUUUUAAAUCUGGGUAAUUGUAUGCUACUCGGUAAUUUUUACUUAUCUCAAGGAGUGAAUUGGAAUUUAUUUCAACUAGAAAAGUUUAAAAAUAGUUUGGAAUUCCCAUCAGAACAAUUUAUGUGAAGAUCCACUCUAAACCACACGGGGGAGCCAAUACUAUCUGUAAAAAUCUCUACCACAAAAGUUUAAAGUUGGGUUGCCAUUCUAGUGUUGCUUAUUGAAUUAGAAGCAAAGAGGGAAUAUUCUUUACCACUAUUUCUCAUUCCUUUUUCAUUCCAUAUUUUAUUUACAUUUGAACUUCAAUGCUAGUUCUGAGUCAACUCUUCUACUUCAAUUUAGGUUUGAAUGAAUGGGUAGCUUUCUUCGAAACCUCUCGUGGGAUAUGGCAUUUUAAAGGCCCAAGUGCAAUUGGACUUUUCUGAUAACAACCUGUUACAAUGAGUGACUGCGUUUGGAGGGAUGGGUACAAGAAUAACAGUGCAAAGAAGAAGGAAUUUAGGUGUGAAUUAGUCUUUCUUUGACAAUUAAAAUUGUUUUUUGAA